AUGGAAGCCAGCCCAGAGGCAGAGCGUGCGCGUCCUCGGCAGGCCCGGCCCACGGCCCCCAUGGAGGGUGCAAUGCAGCUGCUGAGCCGUGAGGGCCACACUGUGUCCCACAACUCCAAACGGCACUAUCACGACGCCUUCGUGGCCAUGAGCCGCAUGCGGCAGCGUGGCCUCCUGUGUGACAUCGUCCUGCACGUGGCAGCCAAGGAGAUCCGAGCACACAAGGUGGUGCUAGCCUCCUGCAGCCCCUACUUCCACGCCAUGUUCACAAAUGAGAUGAGUGAGAGCCGCCAGACGCACGUGACGCUGCACGACAUUGACCCUCAGGCCUUGGACCAGCUGGUGCAGUUUGCAUACACUGCCGAGAUCGUCGUGGGCGAGGGCAACGUACAGACUCUGCUCCCAGCUGCCAGCCUCCUGCAGCUGAAUGGCGUCCGUGACGCCUGCUGCAAGUUCCUGCUGAGUCAGCUCGACCCCUCCAACUGCCUGGGCAUCCGGGGCUUUGCUGACACACAUUCCUGCGGUGACCUGCUCAAGGCAGCACACAGGUACGUGCUGCAGCACUUCGUGGAUGUGGCCAAGACUGAGGAGUUCAUGCUGUUGCCACUAAAGCAGGUGCUGGAACUGGUCUCCAGCGACAGCCUGAACGUGCCUUCGGAGGAGGACGUCUACCGUGCCGUCCUGAGCUGGGUCAAGCAUGACGUGGACUCUCGGAGACAGCAUGUCCCAAGGCUGAUGAAGUGUGUGCGCCUGCCCCUGCUGAGCCGGGACUUCCUGCUGGGCCAUGUGGAUGCCGAGAGCCUGGUGAGGCACCACCCUGACUGCAAGGACCUGCUCAUUGAGGCCCUCAAGUUCCACCUGCUGCCUGAGCAGAGGGGCGUUCUGGGCACCAGCCGUACGCGGCCCCGGCGCUGUGAGGGCGCUGGCCCUGUGCUCUUUGCUGUGGGUGGAGGGAGCCUGUUCGCCAUCCACGGGGACUGUGAAGCAUACGACACACGCACUGACCGCUGGCACGUGGUGGCCUCCAUGUCCACGCGCCGGGCCCGGGUGGGCGUGGCAGCAGUUGGGAACCGGCUGUAUGCCGUGGGUGGUUACGAUGGGACUUCAGACCUGGCCACCGUAGAGUCGUACGACCCCGUGACCAACACCUGGCAGCCUGAGGUGUCCAUGGGCACAAGGCGCAGCUGCCUGGGUGUGGCCGCCCUGCAUGGGCUCCUGUAUGCAGCUGGUGGCUACGAUGGGGCCUCCUGCCUCAACAGUGCUGAGCGCUAUGACCCUCUGACGGGAACAUGGACGUCCAUCGCUGCCAUGAGCACCCGGAGGCGAUACGUGCGUGUGGCCAUGCUUGAUGGGAACUUGUACGCGGUGGGUGGUUACGACAGCUCAUCGCACCUGGCAACUGUGGAGAAGUAUGAGCCCCAGGUAAACGCGUGGACCCCCGUGGCUUCCAUGUUGAGCCGACGAAUGGGGCCGCAGGACUCAGGGGAAGGCAGCUUGGUCCCAGAGACACAGGACACUUCAAGGGGAAACUGUAAACUGGUGGGUGCUGCGCUGCUCAUCGAUCAAUAA